AGUAGUCGUACGACGAACGUCAAAGAGAGUCGUCGUGCUUCGGCGGACGGGUUACGCUCGUCAGGUUUACCCUCCGCGAUUCAAUCCGCACGAGUGGAACAUUCUCACGGUUAUAACCGUCUAUGUGCUUUUACGAAGGAGAGACAACAGAGAAACUGAAAGAGACAGCUUGUUGCAUUUGUCGUAUGUCGAAGUUGAUGGACUCGUGUUUGUGUAAAACAAUCGUAUGACUAUUUUUGACUAUUAUUAUUAUUAUUAUUAUUAAUAUCAUUAUUGAAAUCGAUUGAAUGUUGAAAUCAAAAAAGUGACGAGAACGAUUGUGAUUCAGUUCUUAUGUGAUAAAUGGUGAUCGGAAAUCGGUACUUUGAGAAACUUUGACGAAGAGUUCGAGAAAAAGAAGGAUCGUCGUAAUCGACGUGAUCAAGAAGAAAAUCGUGGACUUCGUUUCAUCGAGGGGGAAAAAAAAGAAUUUAUAUAUAUAUAUUUUUUCUUUUUUUUUCAACUUUUCAAAGUUCCGGUUAUUUCUUUGCUAGUGUCGGAGGCUGCGAAGAGAGAGGAUCCUGUUUUUCUCUUCCACGUGAUGGCUCCUUAAGCCUAAGAUAAGGAAAAGAAUCGAUGGAAUUAUCAGUGAAGUGGAAAAAAAGAAAUUAUUGUUCCGGUUUGAUCUCGUGCGAGACGUUGCUGCCACUUUUUCGUUUGGUCAACAUUGUUGCAAUCGUUCUAUCACACAAGAUGGCUUCUUACUUGGACAAUAAGAAAUUUUUCAAGCGAGGAUCGUCAAAGGUCAAAAAGUUAGAAGGUAGAAAUUCCCAUGCGCGUUCGGAGCAACCGUGGAGGGCCACGGUCGAAAGGAGAGAAGGAGCAUGACGUAGUAAUCGGCGAGGGGGGCGUUUGGGAUGCUCCUGACUUUCGGCUAGGGUCGUAUGGAGGGGAAGGACGAGACCACCACGGAGGACACCCUAUUUUUCAAUCUGACGACCAUCGACAUCAACGACAACGACGAGUUACUUCCAAGAUUUCCCGGCAAGCAUUCGCUUUACACGCCUUUUCAGGCUAUACUGAUCGCCCUGGUGCUGGUAGGCAUUAUCGUCGGCACUGUCAUUGGAAACAUCCUGGUUUGCGUCGCGGUAUUUCUCGUUAGGAAGCUACGACGACCGUGCAACUAUCUACUGGUUAGCCUUGCCGUCAGUGAUCUCUGCGUGGCGCUCCUAGUAAUGCCGAUGGCAUUGCUAUACGAGAUAUCCCACAAUUGGACAUUCGGAGCGCUUAUGUGUGAUCUUUGGGUUAGCUUCGAUGUACUCAGUUGCACCGCCAGUAUUCUCAAUCUAUGCAUGAUAUCUCUCGAUCGGUAUUGGGCGAUCACGAAGCCUCUACAAUACGGCGUUAAGAGGACACCGAAACGGAUGAUAAUCUACGUUACCCUCGUUUGGCUCGUCGCAGCUUGCGUUAGUCUGACGCCAUUGUUGAUUAUCGAAAACGCUCAUACCUAUUCGGAAACUGGACCGUCACACUGCACCGUCUGUCAGAAUUUCUUUUACCAGAUCUACGCAACUCUCGUCAGCUUCUAUAUACCUCUUAUCGUCAUGAUACAGGUAUACUACAGAAUAUUCCGUGCGGCACGGAAGAUAGUUCUCGAGGAGAGAAGGGCUCAAAGCCACUUGGAAAGCCACUGCUAUCUCGAUAUCGAACCACCUGUACAGCAUCCAACGACGCCUGGUAUAAAUCGUCAAUUUAAUUCGGACGUAACUACGGGCCAAGGUAGUCCACCAGUCAAACAACAUAGAAGUUCCAGUGCUUCCACUACGAUACGGUCGAAAGCUCAUGGCGAAAGCAGGCCGGAAAAUAUAACACCGUGUAGCGGCCAUGCAGUGAGAUGUUUCGCCGGUGGUCCACGAAAAAGCAACGAGUCUCAAUGUCCGAUGUUGCAGAAAUUAGAGAAGCCAAUUCUAUCCUCGUCGACGACUACCAUGACACCAUCGAUAACGUCGACGUCCAAGCCAACUUUGAUAAGGAAUCAUUUGAACAGCACCUGUAGCGUGACCAAUUCGCCGCAUCAAAAGAAAUUAAGGUUCCAUUUAGCGAAAGAAAGAAAAGCCAGUACGACGUUGGGCAUCAUAAUGAGCGCAUUCAUCGUUUGUUGGUUGCCAUUUUUCGUUCUUGCAUUGGUCAGACCGUUUCUUCCUGAUCCACAAGCGAUUCCAACGUUUUUGUCGAGUCUAUUCCUUUGGUUGGGUUAUUGCAAUAGCCUUUUAAAUCCGAUUAUUUACGUAACGCUUAACAGGGACUUUCGGAAGCCAUUCCGCGAGAUACUCUGUUUCCGAUGCAGCAGCUUAAAUCACAUGAUGCGAGAAGAGUUCUAUCAAAGUCAAUAUGGCGAUCCAGUGAACAACUAUGAGAUCAAAGCCGGCGAAACCGAAACCGGAGAUAGAUUGGACAAUCAAGGGGUCGAAGCGAUCGACGUUGUGGCCAACACACCUAAUGAGAGCUUUCUGUGAUCCAAGUGAAUAAUUUUACCUUUAUCAGACUAAUUACUCGUAAUGCUCUGAGCUUCUUAUGAGAUAUCUAUCUCUGCAUCUAGACUCGAGUCAUUUUAACUUUUAAUAUUUAUCUGCGGUGCGUCGAUCGAUUUCUAACCCUAUUUGAGCAUUUAUUAGCGGAUUUUCUUUUUUUUUUUCUUUUUUGUUUUUUUUUUUUUUCAUGUACGAGAUUUUUCCUCUGCAUUUCUUUUUUUUUCUUCCUUCCUUUCUUUUUCUUUUUUAUUAUCUUGUAUUUUCUGUCUUUCUCUCUCUUGCUCUUUUUCUUUCUUUUUUACUUUUUCUCUUCUUCUUUUUUUUUCUAUUGAUAAUACGAAAUUGUUAUUGUUAUCGUUGUUGUUAUUGCUGUUGUUUUGUGCAUAAGUUAUAUUCAUAUAUAUGUAUGUAUAUAUAUAUAUAUAUAUAUAUAUAUAUAUAUAUGUAUACGUUGAAAUUCUUCCUUUCUCGUCAAAUCGUUUAAGAAGAAAAAAGAGAAAAGAAAAAGAAAAAAUCGCAGAUAUCAAAUUGAAUAUUUCAAAUGAUGCCGUGAAACACGAGUUGAUCCCUCAAAGGAUUAAUCAUUCUCCGUGAUCUCUCGAGUAUUUACUCUUACGGUAAGAAAUUAUCGCGGAGAGAAACGGAAGAGAGAAAGAAAGAAAACACGAAAAAAAGAAAAAGGAGCAAAAAAAGAAAGAAGAAAACAGAAAGAAAAGAGGUAGAAAAAAGAAGGAGGAGAAGAAGAAGGAGGAGGAAGAAAAGAAGAAGAAGAAGAAGAAGAAAAAGAAGAAGAAAAAGAAAAAGUUUCCUCUUCGACAAAAAUCAUCGAGAGUUUACGAGCAACGGUCUUCUUUCCGUCGACGCCAGAUAGUAGAAGGUCGGUAAGAAAAUAAAGAAGUUUAGUGGAAAGUGGUGUAAAGAGAGAACAGUAUAGAGAAAGAGAGAGAAAGAGAGUACCUAGUAUGGUAUCCUAUAUCUCUAUCUUUCUCUUUCUCUAUCCCUCUUUAUAUCUCCCUUGUUCUCUUUCUCUCUAUCUCUGUCUCUCUCUCUCUCUCUCUUUUUUCUUUCUCUUUUAUACUAAAGCUUGACCGGACAUCUCGGUUUUCCGGAUUUACCUCUCUUUUCAUCGGUCUAUCGUGUCCCCCAACGAGAACAUCUUGCUUGUCCCCUGGUGUCUCGAUUUUCUAACACCACUUUUCUCCCACGCGAGAACAAAAUACUAUGUCGUUCAACGAGAGAAAGAGAGAGAAAGAAAAAGAGAAAAAGAGAGAGACGGAGAGAGAGAGAGAGAGAGAGAUGAAGAAAGAAAGAGAUAUACAUAUAUAUAUAUAUUUUUUUUCCUCUUUUACUUUUUUCCUUUUUUUAUAUUGGACAAAAUCGUUUCAACCUAGAACCAGUGAAAAUAAAUGACAGAUACAGAUUCCUGUCGGUUUUAACAAAAGCCUUCCGUUAUAAUAAAUGAACUUAUGCGCUAUGUAUAUAGGUAAUACUUUUCAUCGACGCCAUUGUUACGCAGGUAUUAUAUGAUGCAGGAGUUAUGUAUUUGUGUACGUAAAUAAGUACUUUACGUAUAUAUCAAUCGUUUUGACAUUGCUCGUAAACGAUUUAUAAUUUGUCGACCAUUUUACAUCGGCAAUAUUGAGGAUCUGAGUAUUCGUCGUGGCUUUCAUUAUAAUCGAUAAUUUAUCCAAUUGUUUUGGUCCAUACACAUGAACGUUGAAAUGAAGCUUUUAUUCAUAAAUGUUUCAUCAAAUUAUUUUCCAAAGACCAAAUGGAUUUUUAUUAAUUAUAUGUAUAUAUAUAUAUAUAUAUAUAUAUAUAUAUGUGUGUGUGUGUGUGUGUGUGUAUGUAUGUAUGUAUAUAUGUAUCUGAGAAAGAGAGAAAGUAAUUACAAAAAAAAAAAGAAAAAGAAAACAGAUAAAGAAUGUCAUAUCUUCUCUCUCUUUCUAUUUGUUUAUCUUGUUCAUUCAUUGAUUGAAAAAAGAAAAAUUACAUAUAUACAAAUUCAUGUACACGUGUAUAACACAUACAUACAUACACACACACACAUAUAUGUAUAACAGAGUUGAUUUUAAAUUCUCUCUCGUGCUUAAGUCACGGAGUCGUUCGUUUCUAAAAAAAAAGAAGAAAAGCAGAAUAGAAGAAGAAAAUCGAGCAUUCUCGUGUUUCUCAGAAAAAUGAUGAUACUACCUUCGUGUCCCCAAUUUUUAUUUUCACAUGAACAAACCAAUGGAAAGCAAGAUAGUCCAUCGUAAGGGUAAAAUGAAAAACGGCAUCGUUUACAUUUAAUCCAUCCGUCGUCCCUUUUGUCAUAAAAAAGAACGAAAGAACGAAAGAUAGAUAAAGAUAAAUACAAAUACAAAUAAAAAGAGAAAGAGAGAUACAGAUAGAGAGAUAAAGGAAAGAAAUGGAGAAAGAAAGGUUUUCUAAUAGUGACAGAGCUUUCGACGAAAUGCUUUGUUGUAACGACGUUGUAACGUUGGUAAUGCAAGCGUGAAAUCGUUGACCCGGAAACCGGAAGCAGGAGUUUCGAAAGCUCACCGUGGUAAACGUGGAAGCAAACUUGCGUCGACGCGCAUAGCUGACAAAACCGCGACCGCGACACGACAAGAGAAGAGGAGGAGGAAGAGGAGGAAGAGGAGGAAGAGGAGGAAAAGGAGGAAGAGGAAGAGGAAGAGGAGAAGGACGAUAUGGGAUGACUUAGAACGUUUCUCACCCUCUCGAUUUUCAAAUCCCUGCCUGUUUGCCAGCCAACCUACCUGCCUACCUGCCUACUUGCUCGCCUUUAUCGAUUCGACCAAAACUAGAAAUUUGUGGAACGCAUAUGGAUCAUAUUUGUGUAUAUAGACAUAGCAAAUACACCGACACAUACACACACACACGCGCGCACGCACGCACGCAUGUAUGUAUAUGUAUUUAUAUAAUGUAUAUGUGUAUGUGUGCGUGUGUACGUAACUAUGAUGUCAAAUAAUCGCUUAAUAUUCAACACAAAUUUUCUACGUUAACACAUGUAUUAAUUAUUGCCAUAUAAUUUUGUUUUUAUUUCUUUUUUUUUUUUGCAUUUUGCUUUUAUCUCUUUUUUACUUUAGUAUAUUGUUUUCCUCCUUAUUUUUUUUUUAUAUUUUGUUUGGAUUUUUUUUAUUUUAUUUUAUUUUAUUCUUUUCUCCCAAUCAAUUUCCUUGCAAAUUUUUUCAUCGAAGGUCGCAAGAUGGCGGAGAACCUGAAAUGAUUUUGGGGGACUUUGAAUAUCGAUCAUUCCUUUUUUUUGAGACCUUUUCGAGCGAAUUUUCUUUCUCCUUUUUUUCUUUUUUUUUUUUUUUUCUAUAUGUAUACCCAUGUGUUAAUUGUCGACAGAAUUGUGGAAGUUUGUUUAAUUUGUUUUUUGCAUUUUGUUCUCGCUUUUAUUUGUAAUUUUUUCUCUUUUUCAGCUUUUUUCGUCGAAUAACGCAGGAUAGCGGGGACCAAAAAGUUUUCAGACGAUUUGAAAAAUCGAUCACUCCUUUUUUUGAAACCCUUUAGACGAAUUUUCUUUUCUUUUUAUAUACAUAUAUUUUUUUUCUUCUUUUUCGAAAAUUACAAGUCUAAAAAGACCUUGAUAAAUGAUAAUUGAUUUUCAAUAUCACUUGGGAACUUUCAAUCCAACCUGUAUAUUUAAAAUUCGCUGAUUUUAAUUAACGCAUUGAAUUAUCGAUUUUGCGAAGAGCUGUAUAGAACAGAAUAGAAGAAAGAUAAUGAAUGAAUAUAGACGGAGAGUUCGUUCGUUAAUUAAUGUUUGACUAAUUGUAAAAUUCUUAUUUAAAAAAAAAAAAAAAGAAAGAGACAGAAAGAAAGAAAGAAAGUACGUAAGUAAGUAAGUAAAUAAGUAAGCUCUUGUGCCAAGCACGGUUAAUUAAUGUCACAUCUCAUAAAUCCAAUGAGACUUUUCACAAUCAAGUAAAUUAUUACUAUUCCAGGACAAACUUCAUUAUUUCUUUUUCUGCUUUAUUUAUCUUUCCUUUUCUAUCAUAUAUAUAUAUAUAUAUAUAUAUAUAUAUAUAUAUAUAUAUAUAUAUAAAUUAUUUCUAUCAUACAUACAUAUAUUUUCUUUUUCUCUUUUUAUUAUAAUUAUCGAAAAAAACAAAUUCAUCCCGAUUUAUAUCUAAUUGUAAGUGUUAGAAAUCUAUCGGAUAUUAAAAAUUUCAAUCGUGACAAGAGUUACAAAAAUAAAACGUUCGACUACAAAUACACGACCGUAUAUGUAUCUCUACGCGCAUAUAUAUAAGUAGAGAUAAAUAUUAUAGAUAGAGAAAGAAAGAGAGAGAGAGAGAGAGAGAAAGAAAGAAAGGGAAAUGAAACACGUUUAAAAGAAGAAAAAAAAUGGAGAUCCAAGCGAAUAAAAAUUUUCGAUCGUUUAAUGUAACAAAAGCAAAAAAAAGGAAGAAAGAAAAUAAAGAGAUAAAAAGACCUCGAAAGAAAAAGAAAAACCACGAAUUUUUAUCGGAUCGAUGGCAAUAGAUUUACGAGAAGAAGUAAUAUUAGAUUUUAACGUCGAAUAGAUCGUCGAAUUAGAAAUUAUACUGAUCGAUCGAUGAGAAGAGAAUAAUGGACGAUAAAUGAUAGAGUUUAUCUUAAAACGAGAUAUCUAUGUAUAUAUAUAUAUACAUAUAUAUGCAUAUAUAUAUAUACAUAUACAAAUAAAUACGAAUAAUAAAUUAUCUUUUAUUAUACUGGAUAAGGUUCGAUUGUAGAAAAGAGAUCUCGAUGUCUCUACGAUUAAAAUUAGUGAGUAUCACGCGCUCGAUGUUCGUUGUUCCGAAUCGUUCGAUUUUUUUCUCGACGUCAUAUUUUAUGAUCGAAAGGAAAAGGGAUUAAAAGGAUGUGUGCAGAAAAAGAAAAAGAAAAAAAAAAAGAGACGUAUCACUAGCUAGACAAUCCUAAAUGUUUCAUAAGCGAACAUGUUUGUAUGUGAUGUAAAUCAAAAAGAAGACAGAUAAAGAAAAAAAAAAAAAAGAAGUAACAGAGUAUCUUAGAGAAACACAGAGAAUCGUUAAUGAUAACAAUAAUAAUAGUAAUAAUAAUAAUAACAGUAAUAAUAAUAAUGAUAAUGAUAAUAAAAAUAAUAUUAAUGAUGAUAUAUGAUAUUAAUAAUCUGUACACGAGUUCAUCGUCAUAGCUUUAAAAAAAAAAAAAAAAAAGAAAAAAGAGGAAAAAACAAGAACAAACAAAAAAUUAAAAAAAAAAUGUUAAGCUACUUUCUUUCUUUAAAAAAAAAAAAAAAAUGAAAAUGAAAAGAAAAUUAUCAAAGGAAACAAUAAAUUAAAAUGAAAAUAAUUAUUGCACGCGAGGCUUCCAAAUAUAUAUAUAUAUAUAUAUAUAAUAUACAUCUAUAUAUAUAUAUAAUAUAUAUAUAUAUAUAUACAUCUAGCCGCAAGUAACUAUUAGACGAACGUUAAAUGCAUCUAACGUAUCCUAAAUUUCUGAUAAAAUUAAACCUCACUUCCCCACUCCCUUACUCUCUCUCUCUCUCUCUCUCUCUCUCUCUCUCUCUCUCUCUCUCUCUCUCUCUCUCUCUCUCUUUCUCUCUCUCUCUCUAUCACUGAGAGAGUUAAAUCUCAUGGGAGAAGGAUAGAGAGAGAGAGAGAGAGUACCUUGGAGCUAUUUAAUACACACAUUAGAUGAAUAUUUGCGGUCUCUUGGAUCUCGUAAAUGAAAUUUUCAAAGUUGCGUGCUACCUAGAGAACUUCGUCGAAAGCUUCGAAAAUACGAAUUUUGUUCGAUGUUUUAAAAAUAAUAUUUUAUAUCUUUCGAGAAAUAUAUUUCACUGUACUUUGGAAAUAUUCUAAAACUAUACGAAAACGAUAUGAUAUUGGUUUUGCAAAUGGCGUCGAUUAGUUUCAACGUGAAAUCUAUUCGAAUUCAAACACGUUCCGAAGUAAAAAUUCUUCGCUCACUUCUUUUUCACUUAUUCUUUCUUUUUUUUUCAUUUUUGAGAAAAUUUGAGAAGGAACUAGAAGGUUUUGAGAAAAAAAAAAAGAAAGGAAGAAAAGAAAGAAAAAACUCUCUAGAAAACUUCCUUCCUAGUAUUCCUAGGAUCAUAUUAGCUCGAGUAUUAAAUUAUAAUAACAUGUAGAAGUGAAUUUUAAAAAGUAAUAAUAAGAGAUUCUUCGUAAACGUAUAAAGAGAAAAAAAAAAUUGUAGUAAUGUGUACUACGCGUAUGAUGCAAAAAAAAAAAAGAAUACGUAUAUCGUUUCGAUGUAACACGUUAGAUAAAUGAUAAAUGAUGUAUAGAAUUUAUCAAUGUAAAGAAAAGCGUGAUAAUAGGAUGUCUCUCUUUUAAGUAGAUUUUAAAAACAAACGACACACCACUCUCGUCUCUUAUAGCGAGGCGAAGGUAAAAGGAUUAAUUAAAAAAAAAAAAAAAAAAAAAAAAAAAAAAAAAGAGGGGGAGGAGGGAAGAAAAAAGAGAUUCAAAAAGAAAAUAAAAGAAAAAGAACGACACAAAAGAAAUCCUUUCUGCGAAGAGCCGAAGGAAAGAAAGAAAGAAAGAAAAAAAAAAAAAGAAACAGAAAAAGAAAAUAAAAGAAAAUCCCUCUAAAAAUCGCAAAGAGAGAAAUAUCGGAUUUUUCUUCUCUUUUUUUUUUUUCUUUUCUUCUUUUUCUUAUUCAUUCUUUUGGAACAUUAUUAUCGAUCUUUUUUUCUCAAUCGAAUUUUUUUCUUUCUUUUUUUUUUUUGUUUUUUCUUUGACGCGUUUUGAAUCGUUCACUGCGCGUGUUAAAGCAAAGAAAUAUAAUACUAUAUCACGAUUAUAUUAUUAUUGUUAUUAUAAAAAUGUCAGUGUGUGUAUAUGUGUGUGCAUCUAUCUGCGUGUAUCUAUGUAUGUGUGUAUUUAUGUAUGUAUGUCCUUUGUAUGUAUGUACGUAUGUACGUAUGUACGUAUGUAUGUUACGUGUGCUGUGUACGUGUGAGCGCAUAUACACGAUAUAACGAAACUCGAGGAUAAAUCGUUUUCAACGAGAACAAAGAGAAAAUUUAACGUAGCGGCUACGAACGAGCAGUCAUUUCCAAUUGGCAAAUUCGAUAAGCGCCGAGUGUUGGAAUCACGAUUUUUCGCAAUGUGAAUAUCGACAUUGAAAAAGAGAAAGAGAAAGAAAGAAAAAGGGAGAGUGAGAAAGAAAAAGAGAGAGAGAAAGAGAGAGAGAGAGAAAAGAGGGAACAAUUUCGUAGGGAAUCGAUUUCCGAUAUUGAAAUACAAAUUUUCGAAAGAUUGCAACGUCCGCGAGAAAAAUGUUUUAAAUGAAUUUCUUUUUCGUAGUUUAUCCACGCGGAUAUAAUCUCUGUAGACAAAUUUUAUUCUAUUCUUUUCUCUUUUUUAUUUUUCUAUUCUUUCUUUUCCUCCUCCAAUUUUUCUCCUUCUGAUAAUUUAACUUAAUUAAUCCCUUAGGAUUAAAUUUAACAGGAGGUGACGACGGGUUUAACUCGAAUUAUGGAACAAAUUUAAAUAACAAAUUUAAUAAAGGAACUUCGUGAUUAUGAUAAAUGACAACGAAUUCUUCAACGAGUUUCGUUAGAUCAUUGUAACCUUAUUAACAAUGAGGGGAAAAAUAUGUGAACGUAUUCGAAGGAUAAAGUUGAGGGAAUAUUAGAAGAUCGAUAAGAAAAGACAUCGUUAUCAUUUCUCUCUCUCUCUCUCUCUCUCUCUCUCUCUCUCUCUCUCUCUCUUUCUCUCUGGCUUUUUCUGUCUCUCUUACGCACACACACGCACACACAAUUAGCCUUAUUUUUGAUACCAACGUUGAUAUAUUGAAAAACUCUUUGGGUUCUACGACGAGAUGAAUUAUAAAAUAAUUCGUAAUAAUUGAAAAGGAAAUUAAUAAUUUGAUAAGACGCGAGAUAUAUGUAUUUGCCAUCUUUCGUUUCUAUCGAUUUUCAUAUGUACCAUUACAUUUACGAAAGGAUGAUAAAGAUAAGGAGAUGAAAGAGAGAGAGAGAGAGAGAGAGAGAGAGAGAGAAGCAGGUAGAAGAAAGAAAGAAAUGAAAAAAUCUACAGACACAGCUGUCUCUCGUUCUUUCGAACGAAAGAAAUUCUAGAACAGGAAGAGGUCUUAUAGCUUAUCUUAUAUAUAUAUAUAUAUAUAUAUAUAUAUAUAUAUAUAUAUAUAUAUAUAUAUAUAUAAGAGUUCUUUAAGAGCGCGCUAAAACCUGUCGACUAUUAUCCUCUGUACAUAAAAUAAAAAGAACACCGGGAGAAACUUCCUAUAUAAAUGUGUGUCAAGAUAUAUAUAUAUAUAUAUAUAUAUAUAUAUAUAUAUAUAUGUGGUGUGCUAUAAGUUAAUUAUUACAAAUAGAUCGAUGAAGACACGAGAGAGAGAGGGAGAGAAAGAGAUAGAUAUAAAAAUAAAAAAAAAAAGAGAGAGAAAGAGAGAGAAAAAUAAAGAGAAGAUACGAUCGAUCUGACUAAAGUAAAAGUAUUUGAAAAUAAUAAAUAUCAUAUGAUCAUCGAAGGAAUAAUUUUAAAUGGUGUUAGUUUUAAAUAAAUAAAUACAUUCCUUUUUCUCUCGUUUCUCAAUAUAUAUUAUAGUGAUGAACCCUUUCUUAUAUAUUCCUCGCCCUCGCAGAGGUUUUGGGUUAUUUAUCUGGUAAAAGAAAAAAAAAAGAAAAAGAAAGGAAAAAAAAAAGAGAAAGAAAGAAAGAAAAAAGAAAGAAAGAAAGAAAAGAAAAUGGAACAAAACUCAUUUAUAUGUAAAACGUUAGGUUAUUGAAUAGAUCAUGUAAAAUAUGUAAAUGAAUUGUCGCAUAAUUAAAAUAGAUAGAUGAAAGAUGUUGAAAGUAAAAUACCCGAUAAAAUUACAUAAAUAUAUGUAUGUAAAUAUA